GUAGUAAACAUCAGCAAUUAGCGGCUUAUUUUGCAAUCCAUACCCUGGAUUUCCACUUUCACGAACAUUUCAGGAAUGGGAUUGUGAUCUAGAAGCUAACUUGCAAGUCGAUAUUGACGAUUUCGAUUGCAAAGGAAAUACAUUCAUACCAGCAGUACAAGUCACAACAUUUUAUGUAUAUGAUAAUAUAUACCACGGCGAUUACGGCGGUAAUAAUUAUGGAGACACACCCGUCCUAACAAAUUUGGUGAAAACUUACCUCGACCAAAUCGACCAAACUGCUUCAGAAGCUUUUGUCGUUGUGGAUGAACAGGUCCUAGCUUCCAACGACUCGAACACAUUUGAUGCUGUAAAACAGUACGCUGAAUUGAUGCGAGCGGAUGCAACAAAAUUUGCUUGUUCACAUAGGCAAUGCCCAAGCGAUGCCACUAGACCGGAACUGUAUAUAUAUGUGUGCUGCACUGACAAAGACUUGAAACUCCUUUAUUGUGGAGAAGAGGUGAGCACGAAAAAAAAUUUUCCACCUUUGCUAGUGGAGCAAAAGAUGGGAACAAAAAUAAGUUUUUCAUGCGAAUUGUGCGUGGUCUGGCAACGUGAAAACUCUUAG